UGAAACCGAACAAUAGGGACUUUUAUUUUGUUCUUUUGUUGUUUUGUUCUGUGGUUGUGCAUUUCCGUGAUCGCGCGCCUCGCCGCCGGAAGUUCCGUGUUCGGUUGAGAGAAUUUCCUCGGCUCUGUUUACGGUUGUGUAAUUAUUUGGCCGAGACUUUGUGUGUUUAGUGUGCUUUAGGAAACCGGAAGUGGCAGGCGGUGAUGUCUUUCCGCAGGGCGGUGAAGCUCGCGUGCGGGCUUGCGGGAGGAUCUGCGGUGGUGGUCGCGUGCGCCUAUGUAGCGGAUAAACACCGGGAGGUUGCGCGGUUUGAGCCGGGAUUCAGUGCCGUGCUUCAUGCAGCUCAGCCCCCCGCUUACAGCAGCCACAGCUGGGAUUAUAACUGGGAUAAGAGAGAGCCGUCGUCCGUGACCAACGCGAAGAGGAAAGGAAGCGUAGGAGACGAGAACGGCUCGGAGGUGGAGAAUAACAAACCCACAGCCACGCGCCACCUCUUCCUCAUCAGACACUCGCAGUACAACCUGAACGGCAGCGGCGACAAGGAGAAGAGGCUCACGGCUUUAGGCCGUGAGCAGGCGGAGCUGACGGGGCAGAGGCUGGCGUGUCUCGGGCUGAAAUACAACAUACUGAUCCACUCCAGCAUGGCACGAGCCACAGAGACGGCUCAGAUCAUCAGCACACACCUGCCAGGAGUGGAGGUGGUGAGCUGUGAUCUGCUGAGAGAAGGAGCUCCCAUUGAACCUGUUCCUCCUGUCACUCACUGGAAACCUGAGGCUGUGCAGUACCACGAGGAUGGCGCUCGAAUCGAGGCGGCGUUCCGGCGCUACAUCCACCGAGCCGACCCCAAGCAGAAGGAGGACAGCUACGAGAUCAUCGUCUGUCACGCUAACGUCAUCCGCUAUUUUGUGUGCAGAGCUCUGCAGUUUCCUCCUGAGGGCUGGCUGCGUUUGGGGCUCAAUAACGGCAGCAUCACGUGGCUCACCAUUCGUCCGAGCGGCAGGGUGGCACUGCGGGCGCUGGGAGACUCCGGCUUCAUGCCACCCGAAAAAGUGACACGCACCUGACACUCCUGAUCCGCUUCUGAACCAGAACCGUCAGAAUCAGAACCUCGUCUCACACACAGUAAAGCUGCGUUGGUGUUACAGAGGGGACAUUUCCUGUUUUUAGUGAAUGUAUUACUGACCACCUGAUUAUUAACUGAUCACUGAAUCAGAAGGGCAAAGUGACUCAGUACUGAUUCAUGAUUUAUAUGAUUCUGAUUCAGUACUGAUUCAUCUUUGUCCUGAACUGUUCCUGAUUCAGUUUCAGAUUGGUUUUUUAUCUGAUUCAGAUUCAUUUCAGAUCUCAAGUUUGGUUUCCAUUUUGGUUCUUAUUCAUUGCUGAUCAGAUUCUGAUUCACGCUAUCUGAUCUGAUUCCGAUUUUGUUCUGAUUUAGUUUUUAUUUUGACUCACUUUUCAUUCUGAUUCGGUUCUGAUUCAUUUCUAGAGUCAUUCGGAGCACUCGGCACGUUCGGCUGCUUAGACCUGCAUCCUGAUCUGAAAUUUAUCACAUUUGAAACGAUUAAAUCUCUUCAGCGCAUCGUGACAGAUCCGUAACUGUUAACAUUCGUGUCCUGAAUUCUCCUUUGCUUCACUCCUUCAUGUGUUCGCGGUGUGGUGGCGUGUUUGUGGGUACAGUAUUGGUGUUUUUAUAUUAUCGUACGAGUCUGGAUUAAUGAAGAAGCUUUACUGGAGUAAAGCAUCUGAUUGUUCUUCAUGAAUGCAGACUCCGUUCAUAAACAAAGGAAAAACCAGCAUCAUGUUUCUAUUUAUUUAUUUUGCUUUCAAACCCGAUCAGGACGAGCUGCGUUCAAUAACACAGAACAUCGCUGUUGUGUUUGUGUCCCAGCAGGAAAUACUGACUCCUGAUCAGGGUUUUUUUUCUAAAAGCGAGGUGUUUGAUGCAAAAAAAUAAAUAAAAAAACCAGAGGCCUUGAUGUGGAGCCGGAGUUCUGCUCGUCUGACCCUCAAUCCCAGAAUUCUGUUCAGCGUAGAACUAAGAGAGAGUUAACACACGACGAGGGAAAAUCACAAAUCUCACGCUCCUGCCAGCGAUCAUUCAGUUUAGUGAUGAUUAUUGUCUCAUGUCAGUAUCAGCACACACCUCAACCUUAAUCCAAAUGUUCUUCUGAAAGCCAGCACUCCAUGUGUGUGUGUGUGUGUGAGAGAGUGAGGUAUUAUGUAUGAAUCAGACUCGUCAGGCAGGAGAACACGGCCGUUAUUUUAAUCAGUAACGUCUGUACAGUUUGUUGCAUUGUUGAUUUUGAGAAUUCAAUAAAGUGUAAAUCUUCA